CACACCUAAUACACAUCUUGAAUAAAUAACGGGGAGAAGGAAAAGGAGAAGGAAAAACGAAAGAAAUAAAAGCCGGAAUUUGAAACUUCGCAUAGUUAGGUCGAAAUACGACCACGACUUGAUAUUCAACAUGACUAUAACCAUGAUGAUCGCCUACCUAAAAGAUUCCAACUUCGACAUGGAAUAUUAUCUCCAACGCCAUCUACCCAUGGUCACUCCUUUAUGGAAACCAUUUGGCAUGGGGACUUUUCGGACCAUGGCACCGACGGACGAACGAAGCCCAUACGCCAUGUUGACUCAGAUUGAGUGGCCCGAUAUGGACGCGUUUAAUAGAGCACAAGUUGGAACGCCGGCGGAAACAAGCCAGAAGUUUAUGGAGGAUAUUAAGAAUUUUACGGACAAGGACCCCGUGAUCUGGUUCAUGGAGAAUAAAGCUAGCGAUGCAUAAGGGCGAAGAUGAGCGAGCGCAUGGAUGUAAAGGAAGACGGGAGGUUAGGGGAUAUACUUACCUACCUACCUACCUACCUACC